AUGGAAGCCCUCGAUCGUUUCUCUCCAGAAGAGAAAGACUCCCUACGUCGGAGUUGGAAAGUACUGGACAAGAAUUUGAAUAACACUGCCUACAAUAUAUUUGAGAUGAUCUUCAAUCAGAGUCCCGAUACUAAACAGCUCUUCCCAUUCAUGAAGUUCAACACUUCGGGUAGAUCAAAGGAAAUUGAAUUUCAUGCAUUGCGAUUUAUGCAGGUGCUCGAAUCAGUUGUGAAGACAUUGGACAAUCCGGAGUCACUGAAUCCACUUUGUGAUAAUUUGGGAAGAGUUCAUGGCCGUCUCAGUGAGUCACGUGGCUUCCGAACCCAUCACUGGGGUGUCUUCAUCGAGUGUACAUUGUUUCAUUUCCGGAAAGUUCUUGGACAGGAUUCACAUUUCCACCGAAUGGAAACACUGGACAAAGUGAUAAUCAACUGGCGUACCAUUCUCCGCCUUCUCAUCAAACAAAUGAAACGUGGCUUCAACACAGACAUCAAGAAUCGUCAAGCGUCUCGUGAUCUGGAGGAUAACCACAAAGCAUCCACAUCGAGUUCUCCAAUCAGUCAGGAGUCAUGCAGUUUGGGUGGGGUACUUAGAAAGAACUCGAGGCAGUUGAUGUUUUUAGCGGUGCCAAACAACGGUUCGAUGUCUCAGUCGUUGACACUCCCGACUAUCAAUAAUAACUAUCGUAAGGGAAGCGAUAGUCGAUUAUCUACCGUCUCCGCAGUCUCCGCUAGUUCCGUAUCCCCAGCCAUCGAACGUACCCCAUCGACUGGUCUGUUCCGGCCAUUGAAAGAGUUUGCAAGACGUCGUUUUAUCAAUCAUUUCUAA